AUGGCGUCAAAAGCAAAGCCUGCUUUAAAAAAUAAGGACCAUUUUGUCAACGUUAGAGUCCCAAACUGGCCAUAUGAAAAGUGGGAAUUACCAGAAAGCACAGAGAGUCAGGUUGACUUCGAGAAAAAUUCAUCUCCAGUGCACAACAUUCCAGCUUCCGUUGGCCCGGUAUUUCAUUCAUUUUUGGAAAGUUUUUCUCGCCAACUUGACAUUUAUAAUAAUUGCACAAGUACUGAAUUAUUAACUCAAGUAACGACCAUGUUGAAUGACAGCUUAUGCGAACUUGGAAAGUCUUACAAAUGCUUUGAAAAAUGUCAACUCAUUCAGGCCGGAAGUGUAGCUGAGAAAACGAAAGUAGAAGCUCUAGACGAAUUCGACUUUUUAGUUGUUAUGGAGUAUUUUGCAGACAAAGAAUAUUUCGAAAUUGUGUUACGGCAGGGCUUGAUAAGGAUAUACGUUAAGGACACAUCCGUUAUCGAGUUUCUACCCAUUGAAUGUCAGAAUCAUUCCGGGAGUAUCGAGUUUCUUGAUGUUACCUUGCGCUCCAAGUUCAUGGAACUGUUUAUUGAGAUAUUUGAUGAAAGUUUACCAUCUGGUUGGAGAAGGGUAACCACUAAGGACACAACACUAUGUGGGUCUGGUAUAGCCUCAACACUGCAUUUGGUGUGUGAGAAAUUAAACUUAAACAUAGACAUUGACUUGUGUCUGUGUUUACCAGUAAGCGCCGAUGACUUUGAGGGGGCUCUUUCCAUUCCAGAGCAAGUUAAUCCACAAUUCACUGAGUACGUUAAUGCUCAAUUAUUGUUGUUUGGAUACAUUAAUAAUAUCAUGAAGCAGUCACCCCUAAAGGUGUUUGUAAUUCUGGGGAAGGCAGACUUCUCUUUUGAAGCUAUUUCUACUCGAAUCACCGCUCCAUUUCUAGAACUUUCUCACUUUCAAUCCUUGCCACCAGAAGAUGGUCGUAUUAGAGCCUACCGCACUGCAAAAUGCAUUUUGUCAGCUUUCCUUCCAGAACUAAGCGACAUCUUUGGUUGCAAAAGAUGUUGCCACAAGCUUGUGAGAUCAUAUCAUGUAAAGAAUAUACUCUUUUUCAUGUUAAACAACUACAAGGAUGAUAUCCAUUGGGAAGGAGACAAAGUUCCAUUGCGAGUUUUAGAAAUCUUUUCUGUUUUAGAGCAAUGCAUGAUUGACGAUGACGAAUCAAGUUAUGAUGCAGCUGUUUCUAAGUUUUGCUUUCCCGGGACUCUUUACGUGCAGAAUGUUUCCAAUAUAAGUCAAUAUUAUAGUAGUGAAGGUGGACACAGAUACUUUUUCACUCCUGACUCUCACAAGCCUAUGUAUGAACUCAGUUCUUCGCCAGUUUAUGAACAACAUCUCUCAACUGGCAAUGAUACAGGUGACACUCUUUUGAAUGAAUGGUUUGAAAAGCUAAAUAACAAGCCCUGGAACUCCAAACAGCUGCUCCAUGAUUUAUUUAACUUGUUGAAAAAACUUAAUGAAAUAAUCCAUUAA